AUGCAGACCAGGAAGAAGAAGUUUCAUUUUGAUGCAUGUGGUUCUGCAGAGUUUGUGGUCGGGAGAAUUUCUUUCACUGUGAAAAAUGUGGCUAGAUCUGGUAUAGAUUAUGAGUCCCAUUUGGUAAGGCACGGCCAAAUGAUACUAUUUGAAGCUUCAAAGAACUACACCGUAUUACAAGAGGAACCGUGCACAUUUCAAAAUAGGAGUUCGUUUUUCUGUGUACUAGAGAUUGAUGUCUCAGAUUACGAGGUACGCACGUCUCUGUUCAGGGUUAAUGAUCCAGUUGCACUGAAGCUUCUUAACAAGGCUGGAGAAAUGCCUUCUCUAGAACCUCCGGAGGAUGAGAGYAUUAGAACCUUGUAUGUGGGCGGUCUAGAUGCUCGAGUYGCCGAGCAAGAUCUUCGGGACAACUUUUAUGCUCAUGGUGGAAUUGAAUCCAUCAGAAUGGUGCUACAGCGAGCAUGUGCAUUUUUAACCUACACCACCAGAUUGUUGAUGUAUUAUGGUAAACUAAUCCUAUGGAAUACUAAACUUGUAGUUACCGAGUGGUAUUUCUGA